AUGGAUAUAAAGGCACAAGAGCAUUUGAAGGCGCAUUGGCUAUCUUUUAACGAAGUCAAGGCCCAAUUGAUAUCCAAAGAGUUUGUUUUUUCGCUUGCUUGUCAUGUAUUUAUCGGGUGCAAUUCAGAUGCAAUUAGGGAACUUGCCAAGCCCUACUACACCUUAGCCGAUUGGCUUCUUUCCGUGCCAGUGAACUUGCCUGGGACACCCUACAACCAGGCUUUGAAGGCGUCUAAGGUUGUUCAAGGAAAGCUUCUAGAUUUGAUCAAGAGGAGAAAGGCAGUAUUAUUAUCAAAGGCGCCAAAUAAUCACCAAGAUAUUAAAAUCGAUGUUCAAGACCUAUUGAGUCGAGUUCUUAUUACGGCUAUGAAUCAUCAAGAUUACAACUUAAUAAGUGAUGAAGAGUUAGUUGGUCAUAUUAUUGCUCUCUUAUUUGCUGGGUUUAAUACGAGGGAGCCUCAGUUCCUCAUCAUGAGGAACACUUUUGUUCCUCAUCAUGAGGAACACUUUUGUUCCUCAUAA